UACAAAUCCACUGUCGGCCACUUUCUACGCAAGGGUCAACAUAGAAUGAUGAAGUCCAACUGUCAAUACUCGUCUUCUAUUCCCUUCCACAUCAUAUCUUCCUAGAUAUCAUACUAUAAUAACUCUCCUGAAUCUCACUCACUCACUCUCUUUUCUUGUGUGAUCUAGAUCACUGGAUCAGUGAAGAGGAACAAGAACAAGAAGAAGAAGAAGAACCACCUCUUUUGGAGGUUUUGACAGUUUGAGAGAACAGUGCUACCUGAUUAAUGGGUUCUAAAAACAUCACACCAGGCCAACGAGCACGAAGGCCGUUGUCAAUAUUUGUUGUGCUUGGUCUGUGCUGUUUCUUUUAUCUUUUGGGAGCAUGGCAGAGAAAUGGUUUUGGGAAGGGAGAUAACCUUGCGUUGAAAGUAAAUAAGGUGAUUACAAACACAGACUGCAAUAUUGUCUCCAAUUUGGAUUUUGAAGCACAUCACCAUAUUGUGGAAGUUGUUGAACGUUCUGAACCAAAAGCUAAAGUGUUCAAGCCAUGUGAUGUAAAAUAUGCUGAUUACACUCCUUGCCAAGAGCAAGACCGAGCAAUGACAUUCCCUAGAGAAGAUAUGAUCUAUAGGGAAAGACAUUGUCCACCUGAGAAGGAAAAAUUGCACUGCCUCAUUCCAGCACCCAAGGGGUACACCACUCCUUUUCCCUGGCCUAAAAGCCGUGAUUACGCAUACUAUGCUAAUGUUCCCUACAAGCACCUGACUGUGGAGAAGGCUGUUCAAAACUGGGUGAAAUUCCAGGGAAAUGUGUUUAAAUUUCCAGGUGGAGGUACCAUGUUCCCUCACGGAGCGGAUGCAUAUAUUGAUGAACUGGCAUCAGUUAUUCCUAUUGCAAAUGGUUCUAUCAGAACAGCACUGGACACUGGUUGUGGAGUUGCAAGCUGGGGAGCCUAUUUGUUGAAGAGAAAUGUGCUGGCUAUGUCCUUUGCUCCAAAGGACAACCACGAAGCGCAAGUUCAGUUUGCACUAGAACGAGGGGUACCUGCCGUUAUUGGUGUUCUUGGUACCAUCCAUCUCCCAUACCCAUCCAGAGCAUUUGAUAUGGCCCAGUGUUCUCGAUGUUUAAUACCAUGGGCUGCAAAUGAGGGCAAGUAUCUAAUGGAAGUUGAUCGAGUUUUAAGGCCCGGUGGUUACUGGAUUCUGUCUGGCCCUCCAAUUAAUUGGAAAACGUACUACCAAACAUGGCAGCGAUCUAAGGAGGAUGUGAAAGCAGAGCAGAGAAAUAUUGAGGAGUUAGCUGAAAGUCUUUGCUGGGAAAAGAAGUAUGAAAAAGGUGAUAUUGCUAUUUGGAGGAAGAAAUUAAAUGCUAAAUCCUGUCAAAGAAAAUCUCCCAAGUUAUGUGAGGUCGAUAAUGCUGAUGAUGUAUGGUACAAAAAGAUGGAAGUCUGUAAAACCCCUUUCCCUGAGGUAACCAGUAAAAGUGAAGUUGCUGGAGGGGAAUUGAAGAAAUUUCCUGCUAGGCUUUUCGCAGUCCCUCCGCGUAUAGCUAAGGGCACUAUUGAUGGCGUUACAGCUGAAUCUUAUCAAGAGGACAACAAGUUGUGGAAAAAGCAUGUUAACACUUAUAAAAGAAUUAAUGCAAAUAUUGGCACUGCUAGAUAUCGGAAUAUAAUGGACAUGAAUGCAGGCCUUGGCGGAUUUGCAGCUACACUUGAAUCACAGAAGUCUUGGGUGAUGAAUGUCGUGCCCACAAUAGCUCAGAAUACUUUAGGUGUUGUCUUUGAAAGAGGUUUGAUUGGCAUUUAUCAUGACUGGUGUGAAGGAUUUUCUACAUACCCUAGGACUUAUGAUCUUAUUCAUGCUAAUGAUUUGUUUAGCUUGUACCAGGGCACGUGCAACCUGGAAGACAUCCUUCUAGAGAUGGAUCGCAUCCUGAGGCCGGAAGGAGUAGUCAUCAUCCGGGAUGAAGUUGAUGUCCUUAUCAAGGUCAAGAAAAUUAUUGGGGGGAUGAGAUGGGAUACCAAAAUGGUAGAUCAUGAGGAUGGCCCCUUUGUGCCUCGGAAGAUAUUGGUUGCUGUGAAGCAGUAUUGGGUUGGAAGUGGUAAAAACACCACCUCCAAUGAGGAAUAAAACAGGUUACAGGUAGAAUUGUCUUGGGUGUGAAUCUAAUGGCUCACCCUGCAGUAACAACAAUCAAUGUUUCUAAACCGAAAGCAAAGAACAAAUGGAAAAGGGUUAUGAAUUAAAUGAAAAGAGGAAAGAUUGUUGAGCCUAGUAAAAGCAAAGAUUGGUUCUGGGAGCUUAUUCUACUAUGUCUGCCUUAUACCGAGUGUAGAACUGUAGAUAAAAUUAGUCCUGACUAGUCUUGAAUUGAUUUUGUAGGGGAUAGAUAAGCAAGUUUUGCACCCCAAAUAAAUUAAGCUAUAUAGAUAUUGGAUUGAUGGUGACAAAUGAACACUCAAUUAAUGUUGCAAUUCUAUUCAGUUUGAUAUUUAAAUUUUUUGUUUAUUCCCA